UUAGGAGCGCUCACGCCCUCGGAACACUGAAGGGAGGCUGGGAGUCCCUGCACCGCGAAACUUCAGGAGGGGACUGAGAUGGAGUGGGGACUACAGAGGGGAGUGGAUUCUGGGGUUCCGGCUGCCCAGCUAGACCUUGAGCCUCGGCAGAGGUCUGAGAUCUCCCUGCGCUGUCACGCAAGCUUUCCAAUCGCCACCAUUGCCACGGCGACAGAUCUCUUAAGCACCCUAAAGUAGUGGCGCUUAAAGUAGUGGUAGACUUCUGGGAAAUGUAUUUCCGGAUCCUCCUCUACUUGUUUAGUGGCUGUUCCAAGUUUCUUCUAGGGUUUCGAGUUGACUUGGCACCCUGAGGCGGCAGAGGUGUGACCCACAGAAAUCUAACUGCCUCUAAGUUGAUGCCACCCCAAUAAUAAAUUCAGAUUUUCACAAAGUCCCAGUUGCAGAAAGUAUGUAGGGAAGGGAGUCAGCCCUAUUUGCAGGGGAGGAAACUGCAGAGUUCACAUAGGCACAGCGGAAUCAGCAUCUCGGACCUUCCUUGCAGACUGUUGCUCCAGUGAUUUAGGGGGCCUUUGAGGGUCCUCAGAAGUACCCCCCCGUUACCUCCGAAAGCCAACUAAAUUAGAGCUGAAGAAAUGAAUGGUUGCUAAAUGUGAUGUUAUAGCUUCUUCCUUGGAGAGGAGCAGUGGAAAGGCGUUGCCUGAGAGAAGUUGGGAUGCGGGAUAGGGAUAAGGUGGCUAUCUCUUUGAGACCACACUGGGAGGGGAUGCAUGCCUGAGAUUGGAGAGAAAACAUUAAUAGGCUGAUAGUGGGAGUUGGGGAGGAGGCAGCAGUGGUACUGAUGCCCGGAUGUAAAUAAAGAGGUGACUUCUGGGAUGAGGCUGCUGGUAUAAAAAAAGGAUAGAAUUCAGGGAAGAGAAAUGAAAAGAACAGAAUUUAGGGAAGAACCUAAGCAGCAGCCGGUACUUAGAAUAGGAGAAGCUACCAGACAUUGCAGAGGCCCAGCUGGAAAGAUCAGCAAAGCAAGUGGCUCUGCUGAGUUCCCACGGGUCUCUGGGGUGUGGCUGGCCUGUCAGUGCCUGUUCCCUCACGGGUACUCUGUGGAGAAGGUCUCAGGGGCAAACAACACAGCAUACAGUAGGCACUCAGUAAGCAUUCGCUGCCACUGUCUGUCCUUACUCCAGAUGUCUCACACUCACUGUUCCUUUCCUAGGGACAGACGCUGACCUGAGACCUGAUCUGGUACUCCUGAUGAGACCUACUGUGCUGGGUUCCCCAGGCCGUGCACCCCCAGAAAAUGAGCCUGUUGUGGUGAAGCUGGAGGACACUGAGGAGGAGGAAGAAGGCAGUCUGUGGGACCCGGACCCUGAGGCUGCACGUCUACGCUUCCGGUGCUUCCGUUACGAGGAGGCAAUUGGCCCUAGGGAAGCCCUGGCCCAGCUCCGUGAGCUGUGUCGCCAGUGGCUCCGCCCAGAGGUACACUCCAAGGAACAGAUGCUGGAACUCUUGGUGUUGGAACAGUUUCUAGGUGCACUGCCUCCUGAGAUACAGGCCCAUGUGCAAGGGCAGUGGCCAGGCAGCCCUGAAGAGGCGGCUGCCUUGGUUGACGGACUUCGAUGGGAGCUGGAUGGACCUCGGAAAUGGGUCACAGUCCAGGUACAGGGAAAGGAGGUCCUAUCAGAAAACAUGGAACCCUCCAGCUUCCAGCCUAUACCUCACAUCAAGCUCCAGACUCCAGAGCCUGGGGCUGAAACUCCCCCUGAGCCCAUGCAGGAAUUGCCAGUGAACCUUCGAAUGAAAGAGGAGGAGACAGAGGUUAUGGAGAAUCCAGAACUCCUGGAUUCUGGGCCUCUUCCUGCUGCCCAAGAGGCUACAGUUGCUCUCCUACCUAAGGAGGCCCAGGGCCAUGGGACAGCACUGGACCAGACCUCUCCUCACAGCGACACUGAGCCUGAUGUUGCCCCAUGGAGUGAGGACCCUGUAGCCCUGUGGCAAGAGGAAGUAGGGGGCAUCUUCUCACCAGGGUUUGCGCUUCAGAUGGACAUGGCAGAGCCAGAAACGGUGAGCCCCCACCUCCAUGUUCCCUGGGAUCUCGACAUGGCUAGCCUCUCUGGACAGAUGCAGUCCCCCACCCGAGAAGGUGGCUUCGCCCAUGCCCUCGUGCUCCCCAGCAACCCGGGAGGUGAACAGGACCCUGCCUGUGAGAAUCCCUGCCCCGGUGUGGGCCCAGCACUGGUGGCGACUCGCAGGCAUGCCCCAAAGGGCCGGAGUCGGGGCCGCCCUAGUACCGGGACUGGAGCGGUACGAGGCGGCCGCUGUGACGUGUGUGGCAAGGUAUUCAGUCAGCGAAGCAAUCUGCUGCGGCACCAGAAGAUCCACACGGGCGAGCGACCGUUCGUGUGUGGCGAGUGCGGCCGCAGCUUCAGUCGCAGCUCUCACCUGCUGCGCCACCAGCUCACGCAUACCGAGGAACGGCCUUUCGUGUGCCGUGACUGUGGCCAGGGCUUCGUGCGCAGCUCGCGCCUGGAAGAGCACCGGCGAGUGCACACUGGUGAGCAGCCGUUCCGCUGCGCAGAGUGCGGCCAGAGCUUUCGGCAGCGCUCCAACCUACUACAGCACCAGCGCAUCCACGGUGACCCGCCCGGUCCAGCGCCACUCACCCUGCCCCUCCCGGGAGUUCCCGAGCCCCCGGGCCCCUUCCCGUGCAGCGAGUGCUGUGAGAGCUUCCCCCGCCGUGCCGUGCUGCUAGAGCACCAGGCGGUGCACACUGGGGACAAGUCCUUCGGAUGCGUGGAGUGCGGCGAGCGCUUUGGCCGCCGCUCGGUGCUGCUGCAGCACCGGCGCGUGCACAGCGGCGAACGGCCCUUCGCCUGUGCCGAGUGCGGCCAGAGCUUCCGGCAGCGCUCCAACCUCACCCAGCACCGGCGUAUCCAUACCGGCGAGCGGCCCUUCGCCUGCGCCGAGUGUGGCAAAGCCUUCCGCCAACGGCCCACACUCACGCAGCACCUGCGUGUGCACACAGGCGAGAAGCCCUUCGCCUGCCCCGAGUGUGGCCAGCGCUUCAGCCAGCGACUCAAGCUCACGCGCCACCAGAGGACCCACACGGGCGAGAAGCCCUACCACUGCGAUGAGUGCGGCCUCGGCUUCACGCAGGUGUCUCGGCUCACUGAGCACCAGCGCAUCCACACAGGUGAGCGUCCUUUCGCUUGCCCCGAGUGCGGCCAGAGCUUCAGGCAGCAUGCCAACCUCACCCAGCACCGGCGCAUCCACACGGGCGAGCGGCCCUACUCGUGCCCCGAGUGUGGCAAAACCUUCCGCCAGCGGCCCACGCUCACGCAGCACCUGCGCACCCACCGGCACGAAAAGCCCUUCGCCUGCCAGGAUUGUGGCCGCCGCUUCCACCAGAGCACCAAGCUCAUUCAGCACCAGCGUGUGCACAGCACUGAGUAGGUCAAAAACACCUCACACUGUUGUUGUGAGGCUGGCAUCGACAACAGGCCCGCUGAGGGCCAGGUCUUCAGUAGGUACUCAAUAAAUAGAUGAUGCUUCCCCACCUGCACGGUUCUUCUGCCCACCUAACGGCUGUUUCAGCUUGGGCAUAUCCUCUGCGCCUUGGCCUUCCGUAUACUUCCCAAGUAACCGUACCUACCACACCUGCUCUCUUGUGGGAUAUACUCUGUACCAUACCUCUGGCUUAUACAAUAGGUAUGCCCGGCCUCAGAUGGUGAAAAGUAGCUACACUCACAAAAAAAAAAAAAAAAAAAAAAAAAUUUAACCAGGGUCUAGUCGAGAGAUCUACCUGGACAGUGGUGGCCCAUGCCUUUAAUCCCAGCAGUCUGGAGGCAAAAGCAGUUGGAUAUCUGUGAGUUCAAGGACAGCCUGGUUUACAAAGUGAGUUCCAGGACAGCCACAGCUAGAGCUGUUACCCAGAGAAACCUUGUCUCGAAAAACAGAAACAACAAAAAACAAAAAGGAAAAGAAAAAAAGGGGAAAAAAAAAACAGGGAGGGGGGGUUGGGGAGGUCCACCAUGACUGCUGGGUGACGACAAAGGGACAAAGGGUAGUCCAGCUGGAUGUGGUGGCACCCUAGCACUUCAGAGGCUGAGAAAGGACUACAGAGUUUUAGGCUAGUCUGGGCUACACCAUAAGCUGCUAUCUCAAAAGCACACACUGAGUGUGGUGGCACAUGCCCAUACCCCAGCAGAUAGAGGGCAGAGGCAAAAGCACUGCCGUAAGUUCAACAGGUAGGUGAGAACAUGUCCAGAAAAAAAGAAGCCCAAAUACAACUAUACAAAUGUGGUGGUGUAAUGGUAACCGGCUUGUAAUCAUUCUAGCUAUUGCAGGAGGCUGAGGCAGGUGGACUGCUAGCUAGUUCAAGGCCUGCUUAGCAUACAGACCUAUCUCAAAACAAAAACCCAGGGCUUAUGGGGUUGGGUGGGGUGGCUCAGUGGUAAAGCCACUUGUCAUCAAGCCUGAUGACCUGAGUUUGAUCCCUAAAACCACAUGUUGGAAGGCGACAACCAACUCCUGAAAGUUGUCCUCUGACCUGCACAAGCUGUGUGUAUCUGUUUUUCUGUUAUGUGUGCACAUGUACACACACGGGUAAAGAAAUAAAUGGGGGAGAGCCUUUAAAAGAGGGCUAGGAAUGUAGUUUAUGGAUGGGUUGUUUGUCAAACAUUCACCAGGCCCUGGGAUCAAUGCCUUCUGCUUUAAAGACCAUUUUAUGAGUUGGAGAGAAAAACAAAUCUUGGUUGCAGCUGAGAAGAGAGAAAUGGACAGGAAAGAGAGGGAAAGAGGAAGACAGAAGCGUGCCAUUUGAGUCAGGGUCCCAGAAAGCAGGAAGGUUCAGCUGUGGUUGUCAGCAAUCAGCUGGAUGGGAGCAGCAGGGCUGGGGUUAUCGGAGACGGUGAGAAGGUCCAGAGUAAGAAGAUAAGCACACUUAGGACUUGAGCGAGUAUUCAAAGAGAGGGGGCUAAGAAAAGUUAUGCUUUUUGAGCUAGAACUCAGAAAAGUGGGCAGGCUUAGCAGUGAAGAUCUCUGGCAGCUUCCUAGUGCUUUACAUUUUUAAAGUAAUGAACUGUCAAGGAGAAAAGGCUUUGGGGGGAGGAGCCACUCAUUGCUCAUCCUGUGCCACUGUGAUUGAGAAUCCUAAGGACCUUCAGGGCCCUUCUCUCCAGAGAGCUAGAAGGCCUGACUCUGGGUAGUGUGUACACUACUACCAGAAGGGCCUUGGCUGCCAGGUGAAGAGUCUGGCUGUGAAGGGCCACAAGGCCACUCUGCUCAGCCCCUGUGGCACCCUGUUUCUCAGAGCAGCAGGUUGAAAGGCCUCUGUGGAGUCCCCGCCCUGCAGCGAUGCCCAGAUAGACAGGUCUAGAGACCAGAGGCAGGAACUUGAAUGAUUCCUCAACCUUUGUCAGGAGACAGGAUCUCGUGGUGCCUUGAUACUCUCACCACUUUCCAGAGCCUCCAAAGAGACUGCCCACCUCUUGUGCUCUCCGUCUUGCUAAGUCAAUACCAGCAACUCCCAUGACAUUGUUUCCCUGUGCCCAAACCCACUGUCCAUUCACUUUCCUCCUAACAGCACCCCACCCCAAACCCCUGAAACAGUCAUGAGCAGAAAGCCAAAGCUUUCUUCCCACCAGCAGGAUGGGCACUGAGUGAACAUGGGAGGUGCCAUGAGAUAAACACCAGAUUGGGAGGUAUAACCUGGAAACUCAAACAUUUCAGUAUUUCCUUUGUCCUCAUGGGUUUGCAACUAACAGGUACUAAGAAGGAAUGAGUGAGACCCCGAAUUGUGGAGCACGGACUUCAGGACUCCAGAGCUCUAUCCUCUGGAUUCUGUUCCCCUCACUCCAACCACAGGCCCUUCCACCAUGGCUCUGUUCAUAGCGCUACAGGGGUCUCCUUCACAAUGGGGAUUCUUCAGGAGUGCAUUCUGCAAGAAGUGACAGGAUAUACAGCUGACAACAGUUUGCAUGACCCUGGACACUUCAGGCCUGGUGUCCCAUGCCAUUUCCUCCUGUCAAUAGCCACCUUCCCUUCCAUCUGUGACUUUGACACAGCUGCCCCCUCCCAUGAAUUACUGGAGUGCAAGUAGUCAAAGAAGACCCAUUUACCACAAUUCAUUCAGCUUGAGCCCUAAACCCAGGUUGAGGCCUUUCUCUGGGUAGCUGUCAGACCUGUUCUGGGAGGUCCCAGGAACACCAUUUUAAGGUCUGCAUGUUCAAGCUGCUUCACUUGUUCCUGCCACUUCAUGACACCCAAAACCGGGAUCUGGCCUCAAGGAAAAUAAACAAGUCAAACCAAGUCAGAGGCUGAUCCUGCGUGACAGAGUGAGGGCAGGGGGAAUCCCUGGUCCCCGUGACACUCCCUUGUUCCCCCCAACUGUCAGUUGUGAUGGGACAAAGACACAGCUCCAUGAGGCCACUUAGCGGCCUAUGGAACACCCUUCAUCUUAUAGAGAUAUGGACUCAGACCAAACUGAGAUUCAUGGUUCCAAUGCAGAAAAGAAUUUCAGCCCUAGCCAGUAUGAUGCAAAGUUGGAGAUUUUAUUAAACAUAUUGUAAAUAAGCUUUAAGCAUGAGAGAAGUGCUCAAAAUGACUUAACCAAGUGUGGAUGUGUUUUCCAUGGAAGAAUGGGGGUGGGGGGAAUAGUGGAUGUGGUAUCUUCAAGGAAGAGUCUCAACUGUCUUAGCAUUAGCUAGAUAAAAUACAUUUUUGGGUGGCUCUCAAAUUACAUUUCAAAGGGUUGCUAAGAAACCUAAGAAACCUUUUCCUACCGGCUCCAGACAAGCCUUGGAUGGAAUUAUCAUCUCAUAAGGUAAAAACAAAAGCUACUAAAGUGUACAGGUUCAGUACACGUCCUUGCCCUGUAAAUGGAGCUUCUGGUGAGAUUCCUAAAAACAUUGUAGGAAUUACAACCCCGAGUGCUUGCGAUUAAAGACGUGUGCCACCAGCACCUGGUUUGUACUGGCAUUCUUGCUUAUGCAUGAAAAGAGGGUUCAACCAGGCUCCAGGGUCAGAAGUUCUAUCCCUUUCUCGGGUCCCCGUAAUUUUCAGUGUUCUCUUCUACCUCACAGACCAGCAAAGAUCCUGAACCAAACGCCUUUAAAUCCAGCACUCAGGAGACAGAGGCAGGCAGAUCUCUAUGAGUUCGAGUUCCAAAGAUACAAAGAGAAAUCCUGUCUCAAAAAAACAAAACAAAACAAAAACCAAGGAAGAUCCUGAACCAAGACAAGCAGACUUUAGAAUCUGAGCAGUGGGGAAAGGACACCGGCAGGGAAGUACUAGAACACUGUAUAACUGCAGGACUACAAAUAACCCAAGCCCAUUUAGUCCUGAGACCCUGGGAGGGCCAGGAGGGACGAACCUGUGAGCACCUGUGAGCACAGCACUCUGAAAACUGCAGCAGAGAAUGUGAGUUCAAGGUCAGCUUGAACUACCUGCUGAGUUUGGGCCUGGGAUGGGUCCUGGGUGGAAGAAGAAAGGUAAAGCCACAAAAGCGCAGCUGUGCAAUAAUCAGCAUAAAGCUGUGCACCUGAGGAAUGGUAAAGCGUAGUUCUGGAGUGAUUGUUUUUCUCUGGGUCUCAGUGUGGGCUUGAGGUCAGGGCAGAUGGUGGAGGCCAGGUUGGCAUCAAACUCUAGCUGAGUUCCCAUCCUUGGCCCCAACUUCUCUCAGCUUUUAAAGAUAAAGUCAAAAAAGGCUGCUGGGGUGGGCCACUGAGAUGACAGAGGGCUGAACGGGGACUAGAUUUAAAAGGUCAGGAGGAAGCCCGGCGGUGGUGGCGCACGCCUUUAAUCCCAGCACUCGGGAGGCAGAGGCAGGAGGAUCUCUGGGAGUUCGAGGCCAGCCUGGUCUACAAGAGCUAGUUCCAGGACAGGCUACAGAGAAACCCUGUCUCGAAAAACCAAAAAAAAAAAAAAAAAGGUCAGGAGGAGAGGGUGGUGGUGGUGGCCUUUAAUCACAGCCCUCGGGAGGCAGAGGCAGGCAGAUCUCUGUGAGUUCCAGGACAAUCAGGGCUACACAGAGAAACCGUCUUGAAAAACAAAACAAACAAAAAUAGGUCAGGAAGAUUAGGGCGCUGCCAGCAAGGGUGUACAAAGUCCCAAAUGUAGAAUCGUGGUUCAUGCUUGGUGGUAUGAAUGAUAUGCCAGAUGGCAAAGAAGGGCCUUUGCUUUAUAAAGAAGUAGUCCCAACCUGUUCUAGGUAUGUUUUUCAAGCGGUGACCAGACCUGCGCAGAAAAGCCUAACAUCCACCGUGGCUGCUUGCUGGUUUCCUAGAUGACAGUCGGAAGACACUGGCUCAUCCUAAGCUAUUUCCUUCCGCCUCCCAAAUACCCUAAAUUGUGACUGGAUGCGAGCUGACUCAACCUAGGUUCGCCAGAGGCACAAGGCCACUUCUGCUGGUCUCUAGACCGUAGCUAUGGACACUGUACCCACGUCCACCUUGGAUCGUAAAACUACACGGCACUCACUCUCUGUUGCACAGUAGUAAUCGAUUUUAAGGAACAAGGGCCUCGAUGUGUUUGUUGCCUAGUAUGUCCCUGAACGCCUGAGCUCAAUCGAACCUGAUGCCUCGGCCUCCAGAAAAAUAAGAGUUUUAAGCUAAUUUACUUCAAUCGGAAUCUGAGUUUGCGAAAGGAUUAAGGGGCUCAGACAACGUCCCUUAUAAUGCCCAGGCUCUGCCUUUGCUGAGUCCACAGAGAGCAAGAUCCAUUUUAGCCCGUUCCCGCUGCGUUCCGCAUAAGUGCAAGAUUGGAUGGAACCACCAAAAACCAAACGGCCACUACCCGCCUCGCUCAAAAAAUGGUUGCAAGCACCGCUUCCUACUCUGCUGUGCAUCCCAGGAAGUACCCGCUGGACCGCCGAAUAGUCACCUCCACAAACGGAAAUACCCGAGCUUAACCGAAGAAGACCGAUCCCCAAACUCCAACGAGGAGCAAACUGGGGGCUGCAAGGGUUGCGCAGGCGCAGAACGCAACCGGGACAGGAAGAACCGAAGUAGGCAGGCGGCGGAAAGUGCCGAAGCGGCGGGGCGCCCGAGGCCGUUGCCGACCUCCGCAUAGCAGCCGCGCCUGCUGCGGAAGCCUCCACCGGUACCCUGCCACCGUCAGCGCGGCUGCCACCUCCUUCUUCCACCUCACCACAGCCUCCUCGAAAAGGGAACAAGUAGGCGGGAGAGCGGCGGACCCGGGAAGGCCGGCGUCCUCAGCCACAGCAGGGCCUCGCAAGACCUGAGCGGAAGAGGGG